AAGAGAACCUCAUCUUUACCAGAGUUGGCACAUGCAUGUUGACUCCAGGUUCUUUUUUUUUGUUUGCAUUCUUAUUAAUAGUGUUUAGACCCAGCUGUGAUGCAAAACAAUUGGAAUUUUAUGAAGACAGAGUUUCGAAGUCUUACACAGUGAUGCUCAGAGUGGAAAGAACAAAAAUUUUAAGGACAGCGUGCUUCAAGAACCAACAUCCGAUGGUAAUCUUGCACUAAAUUGUGCGGUCGAAAGGCUUAAGAUCAAUGCAUCAGGAAGGGAGCAUACUUCAGAGGUCUCACCUUCUGUCUUGUCUGGACACAAUUCAAUUAAAGACAACGGGAAGGAGAAGGCUGAUGAUCAAUUUCCCCCAGCUAUGACAGGCACUCCAAAAACAGAAGAUCUUGUUCAAUUGCCAUUAGUGCACAAAUAUACUGGGAUAACUUCUGCUAAAGAAGAGGGUGAAAACAUGACAAUUAUCAAAGUAGAUGGUGUUGUAUUAGAAGAUUCUACAAGAAGUCUUCAGGAACAUCAGGUUGAUGUUUUGGCCAGUACUGCCCUGAGAGUUCAGGGUAAUUAUAUUCUUGAAGAUUCUAACAGGGGCAUGUCUCACAGCUUUUACAAACCUGAGAUUGAGGCGAAAAGAAAAAUGAAUGAUGGUGAUUCUGAUGUUUUCUUAAUUGAUAAGCGUGCUAAUCCUGAUGAUACUAAAGAUACUAAGAUAUCUUUCCAUCAGAUGCCAGAAACAGAAACGUCCCAGAUGAAUGACAGGGUUAGAGGCAAUUCACAAUUGUCUCACAGUAAGGCAAAGGUCUAUGAGUCGGAAAUUGUGGCUGAUUGUCAUUCUGAUAAAGCGAAUGAGUUGUCUGCCGAUUGUUCGUUGCUAAAACAUGAUUUAGAGGGUUCUGAAGUUUUCUGAGUCUGUGAAGAAAAGUUCAGAAUCCAACCAUAUUCCUAGAUCUGCUGAAGAGCCUAAAGCAAGCGUAAAUGU